AAUAGGUUUAGUUGAUAUAUAUAAAUAUUGUAUUUUUAUCGUAUACAUCUGAAAGUAAAUUUGUGUACCACAGAAUACAUUGUAAAUUGUUUUAGCAUAUAUUGUACAUCAGUUGAGAGUUUCUGUCAAUGAUAUCUACGCAUUUUUCACCUAUUAUUGUUGAAGUUCAUCAUUUUAUAAUUCAAUAUCAUACACCUUAGAAUAGCUUAGUUGAACAUGACAAAAUAUAUAAUGGAAAGACAAGCAAGAAAAGUUACCUAUUAUUAAAGGGGCGACCUUCUUUCUUUAUCAGGGUAGCUCCACCAAAGUAUGGUCAGCAACAAAUAAUCUGGGAUCAGGAGGUUUUGGCAUUGGUGGAACCCAAAACUUUUUUGCUCUGAAAACCUUUUAAGCCCGGCUCUUGUAAACCUAAUAAUAAUAUAAUUAAUAUAAUUAUCUAAUUUAAAAAAGAGGCGGUUAUAUUGAAAAAUAAGGGGGAAAAAAAUCAUUAUAUAGGGUUUAAGAUCCGGUUAUCUAAUCUUCUCUCACCACUCUAGCUAUCCCAGACCAUAAUGAGCAACAAGGGCAACCUCAACAUGUCCCGUCUCAUAUUUGUUCUGAAUGAAGAGGAAGGAGAAGGCCUUGUUAAUCCACUCAAGGAUAGGAUACAGAGCUUGGCUGGGCAGCACUCUGACAUGCUUGAGAAUCUGUCACCUGAAGUCAGGGAGUCGUGGAAGUUCUUACAGAAAUUCAGGCACGGCCUUUCUCCGUGUAGUUAUAUUGGGUUAUUUCUUGGGUGUAUCAUCUUUGCUCUAAAGUCUCUCUUCCACUUGCACUUGCAGAGCCAACAUGAUGAGUUGGAGGUGAACUUUUUUGAGGAAAGAGCAGCCAUUGAAGCCAAAUAUCGCAAGUUGUAUCGGCCUCCGCCUACCAAUGAUAAGGAACUUCAAAAACCGACGGAACAAGAUGAUGAUGUUUUAUGCACUAUCUAUACUUAAGACCGUGCAAGCGCAAUGGAUGCUGUAAAAGCUCCAACUAGUUCUAGUUCAGAGUGUUAAAAAAUAGAAUAAUUUGGAAAUUUGGUAAUUAUUUGAUUGGAUGUUCAUAGUUAAGAAAGUAUUUUAUUAGGUAGAUUUAGUUGGCAGUUUUCUAUUGGGUAGAUUUAGGUGGCAAUGUUUUGUGAAAUUAUAUAAGAACACGUGUAGGCGGUUGGAUUGUUAACUUGAAUUAGAAAGGUUCUUGAUGUUAUUUUGGACCGCCAAUAUAAGCCUGUACAUAGAACGAAAGCAUUUUUACCUAUAUCAGGAGAGAAUGAAAUCGAAUCACGAGGAUAACAGGAAUUUCAGAUAAUUUGUAUUUUUUUAUUUUUUAUUUUUAAAACAAAUAAGCCUUUAGUUUUUCUUCAAAACAGCAAAGCCUCCAAUUUUUUUAUUUUUUUUAAAUAAUUUCCGCUAUUAUCCAACACAGAGAACUCUAAAAGGUUUGUGGAACUCGGAGAGGCAAUGAAACAGGCAUCUAUUCAAUUUGGUCUAGCAACGCAAGAAACCAGAGAGAUUACAGACAGCCAAACGAGAUGUGACAUUAGAGAGAAUCAAAUGAGACGCGACAUAGAACCUAAAGAGAAAAAAAAAAAAAAAAAAAAAAAAACACAA